ACCUCAAACCCUGUGUUCAGCUUUGGAACCCCACUUCAAGAAAUCUAUUGAGGCGCUGGAGCUUGUCCAGGGAAGGGCAGCAGAGCUGAUCAAGGGUCUGGAGCACAGGUCCUGUGAAGAGCUACUGAGGGAGCUGCUUAGCCUGAAGGUUUGGUGGAGACCUUACCACAUUGUACAACUCCCUGAAAGGAGGUGGUAGCCAGGUGGGGGUCAGUCUCUUCUCCCAGGGAACAAGAUACAGGGUGAAAGGAAAUAAUGUCAAAUUGUGGCACUGGAGGUUUAGAUUGAGUAGCAGGAAAUCAGUCUUCACAGGUUUCAUAGAAAGGCUUGACUAGCAUUGGAACAGGCUGCCCAGGGAAGCGGCGGAGUCACCAUCUCUGGAAGAGAAAUGUGGAUUUUCAAGAAACAUGUGGAUUUUACAUUGUUUAGUGCUGAGUAUGGUGUUGAUGUUAGGUGGAUGUCUGGACUCGAUAAUCUUACCUUAAAGGUCUUUUCCAACCUUAAUUAUUAGUCUGUGAUUCACUCUUAAGAAAAGAUAGACUGCAUUUCACAAACAUUUUUCUCAAUCACCCAUUCUGUUUUUUCUCUUUCUUCCCACAGAAACCUGUGGAUUCUGAUUUCCUUGAAUGCUGUAAAUUAGCUCUGAUGGAAUGGACAGCUCCAAUAAAAAAACUCACACAAAUUUUCUGAGAGGACAUCAAAGGAACUAGAAAUAACAGCUUGACUUGUAGGUUCUCACCUGACCCAUGACUGAUUCUCUGCUAAUGCAACACUAAAUUUAAGACACCUUUGUAUACCAGAUCUGAGGAUGUUUGUGCUGCUGUACAUUACAAGUUUUGCCAUCUACACAAGCGAACAACCUCUUCAAAGCCAGACCAAAGGAGAAAAUUACUACACCAGAUACAUCUGCAGCAUCCCAGGUUUGCCAGGCCCUGCCGGCCCCCCUGGAGCCAGCGGAUCCCCGGGGCCUCACGGACGCAUUGGUCUUCCAGGAAGAGAUGGCAGAGAUGGCAGGAAGGGAGAGAAAGGUGAAAAAGGGAGCGCAGGUUUAAGAGGAAAGACUGGGCCCUUAGGACCAGCUGGAGAGAAAGGAGACCAAGGUCAGUCUGGUAAGAAAGGACCUGGAGGACUGACUGGUGCCAAAGGUGAAGUAGGUCCAGCUGGACCACCUGGACCUAAGGGAGAUAAAGGAGACCGAGGAGAGCCAGGUGCACCAGGGGUCUGCAAGUGUGGAAAGAUAGUGCUGAAAUCUGCCUUUUCUGUUGGCAUCACCACGAGCUACCCAGAGGAAAGACUACCAAUUGUAUUCAAUAAAGUCCUCUUCAAUGAGGGGGAGCAUUACAACCCGUCCACAGGAAAGUUCAUUUGUGCCAUCCCAGGGAUUUAUUAUUUUUCUUACGAUAUCACCUUAGCCAACAAGCAUCUUGCGAUUGGGCUGGUGCACAAUGGCAAGUACCGGAUCAAGACUUUUGAUGCGAACACCGGCAACCACGACGUAGCUUCCGGAUCCACAGUGAUCUACCUUCAGCCAGAAGACGAAGUAUGGCUUGAAAUCUUCUACACUGACCAAAACGGUCUCUUUUCUGAUCCAACGUGGGCAGACAGUUUGUUUUCUGGAUUUCUCUUAUAUGUUGAUACAGACUACCUUGAUGCUUUAUCAGAUGAAGAUGAGCUCUGAAGCAGAUGUCAAAUGACAUUCAAACUGGAGGCCCCAGCAUAGGAUUUUAUUAAUCUGUGUGGGGAAAACCAAGUUGAAAUGAAAAAAAAAAAAAAAUCUGGGUGUUCAUUCUUGUUUUGAUUGGAACCAAAUCUGAGCUCAUAAGAAUGUUCUAGAACCUAGGGUGGAUUUUUUUUUUUAAUGAACAGCAGGGAUAUCAAAAUGAACUGUAAUGAACAAAAGACUGCAUCACUCCAGGACUGACUCUUUCCUAAAAUUACAUUUAUUAUACUAUUUAAACAAAUUUAAGAUACUGUACAUUGGAUUUUAUAUAAAAUGUAUUAUUUUGCAAUUUAGAAUGGCUAUUUUGUAUAUUACAUUAAAGUAAAAUUGAACAAUUCA